CGCUUUCCUCAAAACGAUUGCUUUGGGGUCUUGUCGAUGAAGAGUUUUAAAAGGUUCCCAUUAUGUAAAUGUAACUAAAAAUAUAUGCCAUUCAAAAAUUAGGAAUAUUGAUUCCUCAACUGGGUUUGAUGGAACUCGUCAAAUCCUUUUGGGUUAAGACAAAACCCUUUUCAAACAUUCUACCAUUUUCUUCAAAUUUGACUUUCUAAUGGCGUACAAUUAAGCACCUCUUCUCCUAUUCUUAUGAUUAUUGUUAGAUUAUUCACCUUCCUUUAUUAUUGGGUUUUUAUUUCUUUUUCUCUUUCUUAGAUUAUUAUAUGCACGUGAAUGAUCUUAAAUUUUCAAUUUUUUUCUCGUUUCGUCUGAGAUAGAUAGUUCUUUUUGGUCUGGCAGAUUCUGCUCUGAAUCGAAAGAGAGAAAUAAAGGGUGUCUUUGUUUUUCUUUCUAUAUAGUUGUGUCCUUCAGUAGAUUAUUAUUAUUAUUAUUUUAUUAAUUAUUUAUUUACUCAAAAUAAAGAAACAGAGGCUGGGAGCAAGAAUCUCUUUUGUUAUGACAAUGUAAAAAAAAAAAAGUUGCUUUUUGAGCGAGUUGGGAUCAUAUCUGAUCUGGGUAUUCUCUACUUCCACCGUUUCUGCAGUUUGUUGAUUUGUUAAAGUUAAAAGCUUAAUUGACCAUGAGCAGAUAACACUGCGCAUUAUGGGUUGGCUUAGCAAAAUUUUUAAAGGCUCUAGCCACAAACUUUCAGAAGGUCACUACCAUGACAAAUAUGGAGAAGAGUCAACUUCUUAUGCUCCUUCCCAUUCAGGGGAAACGUGGUCUGAAAAUGAUAAUGAAGAAAUGGAUCGUGCUAUUGCACUAUCUUUAUUAGAAGAAAGUCAAAAAGGAAAAAGGUUAAUUGAUAAUGAUUCUCAACUACAAGAAGAUGAGCAACUUGCUAGAGCUCUACAAGAAAGUCUGAAUGUGGAGUCUCCUCCCAGAUAUGAAAAUGGAGGUGGAUAUGGGAAUGGAAAUGGAAUUGGAUAUGGGAAUAGUAAUGGAAGUGGAAGUGAUUAUGGAAAUGCAAAUGGCUAUGGAAAUACAAAUUCGUAUCAACCCAUCCCAGCAAAUUCAUAUCAACCCGUCCCUGCUUACUACCCAAUGGGAUACAGUAGGAUCUGUGCUGGUUGCCAAACCGAGAUUGGUUUUGGACGCUAUCUGAACUGUUUAAAUGCAUUUUGGCAUCCAGAAUGCUUCUGCUGUCGUGCUUGCAACCUACCCAUUUCUGAUUAUGAGUUUUCUACAUCUGGGAACUAUCCUUACCAUAAAACCUGUUAUAAGGAAAACUAUCAUCCGAAAUGUGAUGUCUGCAAGCACUUCAUUCCAACAAACCAUGCUGGUCUUAUUGAAUAUAGGGCACAUCCAUUUUGGAUUCAGAAGUACUGCCCUUCCCACGAACACGAUGGCACUCCUCGGUGCUGCAGCUGUGAGAGAAUGGAGCCACGAGACACGCGCUAUGUCACGCUUAAUGAUGGUCGAAAGCUCUGCCUAGAGUGUCUUGACUCUGCAAUCAUGGAGACCAGUGGAUGCCAACCCCUUUAUCUUGAUAUACAAGAAUUUUAUGAAGGUUUAAAUAUGAAAGUAGAGCAGCAAGUGCCCUUAUUACUUGUUGAAAGACAAGCACUAAAUGAAGCCAGAGAGGGAGAAAGAAAUGGUCAUUAUCACAUGCCUGAGACCAGAGGUCUCUGCCUCUCGGAGGAACAAACUAUCAGCACUAUUUCAAAGCGACCAAGGUUUGGAGCAGGAAACCGAGCUGUGGAGAUGAUAACAGAACCCUACAAACUAACACGUCGCUGCGAGGUGACUGCAAUUCUCAUCUUGUAUGGACUCCCAAGGUUGCUGACGGGGUCCAUCCUAGCUCAUGAGAUGAUGCAUGCAUGGCUACGGCUGAAAGGUUAUCGAACACUAAGUCAAGAUGUAGAAGAAGGGAUUUGUCAAGUGGUUGCUCAUAUGUGGUUGGAUGCAGAACUCACGUCUGGCUUAGAUAGCAAUGUUGCUUCUUCCUCCUCGUCCUCGAUGUCUUCUUCCUCUGCCGCAUCAAAGAAAGGGACAAGAUCACUCUAUGAGAAGAAGCUAGGUGAGUUCUUCAAGCAUCAGAUUGAAUCGGACAUUUCUCCAGUCUACGGAGAUGGAUACAGAGCCGGUCAACGGGCAGUACAGAAAUAUGGUCUUCGGAGGACCCUUGAUCAUAUUCGAAUGACGGGGACUUUUCCUUAUUGAUUUUUAUUUUUUGGUUCUUUACAGAAAGAACCAAAGCUUGGCCGUCUGAUUUUUUUUACUCCUGACCCGAUUAUCAUUAUCAGUGCAUAGAUAUCUCAUUCAUAUCAUUAUAGUGUAGUUUUUUUUUUGGGGGGGUUCUGUAAUAAGGUUAGUUUCCAGAGGUGUUGAUUUAAUUUGAUUAUGGUUUUGAACAAGUAUUUGUUUAUUGCCUCAAAUACGUAAAAAAAAAAAAACAAAGGGGGCGUAUUCAUUUGGCAAUGAGUAGGGAAAUUUGAGGCUAUUUGCUUUCUAAUACCCAUUAUUUAAACAAUAUGCCAAUUUUGAUAAUUGUCAUUCUCAUUUAAA